GAGUGACAGCUGGGAAGCCCCCGCCCAGAAGAACCGCUACUGCCAGGCUGCGAGCCUACAGCCUCCACCCCGCUACCCAGGAGCUGCAGGAAUGACCGACAGUAUCCCCCUACAACCCGUGAGGCGGCCGAAGAGACAAGACAAUAAAAACAAAAAUGGGUGUUGUCCGUGGUCGAGAUGCUGCGGCAUGGGCGACUUCCGUCCCCGCACCGUGUGGCUCGGCCACCCAGAAAAGAGGGAGCAGAGGUACCCCAGGAAUGUCAUUAACAACCAGAAGUACAACUUCUUCACCUUCCUGCCUGCGGUGCUCUUUCAUCAGUUCAAGUACUUCUUCAACUUGUACUUCCUGCUUCUGGCCUGCUCCCAGUUUAUUAAGGAGCUCCGCUUAUACGCACUCUACACCUACUGGGUGCCUCUGGGUCUUGUUUUGACCAUCACCAUCACAAGAGAGGCGGUCGAAGAAAUACGAUGCUACAUCCGGGACAAAGAGGUGAACUCUCAGAUUUACAGCAAGCUCUCGACCAGAGGCACGGUGAAGGUUAAGAGCAGUGGCAUUCAAGUUGGAGAUCUUAUAAUCGUGGAAAAGAACCAGCGUGUUCCUGCUGACAUGAUCUUUUUAAGGACCUCUGAAAGAAAUGGCUCCUGUUUCCUGAGGACUGACCAGCUGGAUGGAGAGACGGACUGGAAACUACGCCUCCCAGUGGCCUGCACGCAGAGGCUGCCAACCGCUGCAGAUCUUCUUCAAAUCAGAUCGUACGUGUACGUAGAAGAACCCAACAUCGACAUCCAUAACUUUGUUGGAACUUUCACCAGGGAAGACGGCGACCCUCCAGUUAAUGAAAGUCUGAGCAUUGAGAACACCCUGUGGGCCAGCACCGUUGUUGCCUCUGGCACAGUGGUGGGGGUUGUGAUUUACACAGGCAGGGAGCUGCGCAGUGUCAUGAACACCUCCAACCCCCGGCACAAGGUGGGUUUGUUUGACUUGGAGGUGAACUGUUUGACUAAGAUCCUGUUUGUCGCCCUGGUGGUGGUGUCGCUGGUCAUGGUGGCCCUGCAGCACUUCGCUGGCCGUUGGUACCUCCAGAUCUUUCGCUUCAUACUGCUCUUCUCUCACAUCGUGCCCAUCAGUUUGCGUGUCAAUCUGGAUAUGGGAAAGAUGGUUUUCAGCUGGAUGAUUAAAAAAGACUCCAAGAUCCCCGGGACGAUGGUGAGGGCGAGCACCAUACCCGAACAGCUCGGACGCAUCUCCUACCUGCUGACGGACAAAACAGGAACUCUCACUCAAAAUGAGAUGGUGUUCAGGCGCCUCCAUCUUGGAACCGUGGCAUAUGGGAUGGACUCGAUGGAUGAAGUGCAGAGCCAUGUGUUCAGCGCCUACACACAGCCCACCCAUGACCUCCCGGCCUCCAGGGCUCCAGCAGCUACAAAGGUCCGCAAGACCAUCAGCAGCAGAGUCCACGAGGCUGUGAAGGCCAUCGCCCUGGUGCACAACGUGACGCCCGUGUACGAGUCCAACGGGGUGACGGACCAGGCCGAGGCCGAGCAGCACUACGAAGACACGUGCAGGGUCUACCAGGCCUCCAGCCCAGAUGAGGUGUCGCUGGUGCAGUGGACUGAGAGUGUCGGUCUGACUCUGGUGGGAAGAGACCAGUCCUCCAUACAGCUGCGGACCCCUACUGGACAAAUCUUGAACUUCACCAUCCUGCAGAUAUUCCCCUUCACCUAUGAGAGCAAGAGGAUGGGCAUCAUAGUGCGAGACGAAUCCAACGGAGAGAUCACUUUCUACAUGAAGGGUGCUGAUGUGGUGAUGGCAGGCAUCGUGCAGUAUAACGACUGGCUGGAAGAGGAGUGCGGAAACAUGGCGAGGGAAGGCCUCAGGGUCCUGGUGGUCUCCAAGAAGUCUCUGACAGAGGAGCAGUAUCAAGACUUUGAAGCACGGUAUGUACAGGCCAAGCUCAGCGUGCACGACCGCUCCCUGAAGGUGGCCACAGUGAUCGAGAGCCUGGAGAUGGAGAUGGAGCUGCUGUGUCUGACCGGGGUGGAGGACCAGCUUCAGACUGAUGUCAGGCCCACGCUGGAGAUCCUUCGCAAUGCAGGCAUCAAGGUUUGGAUGCUGACAGGAGACAAGCUGGAAACGGCCACAUGCACCGCAAAGAACGCCCAUUUGAUCACCCGCAACCAGGACAUCCACAUCUUCAGAUCCGUGACAACCCGAGGGGAAGCCCACCUGGAGCUCAAUGCCUUCAGGAGAAAACACGACUGUGCGCUGGUGAUAUCGGGGGACUCGCUUGAGGUUUGUCUGAAAUACUACGAGUACGAGUUUAUGGAGCUCGCGUGCCAGUGUCCCGCUGUGGUUUGCUGCAGAUGCACCCCGACCCAGAAGGCUCAGAUAGUCAAGCUGCUGCAGGAGCGCACUGGCAAGCUCACCUGCGCCGUAGGGGACGGAGGAAACGAUGUCAGCAUGAUCCAGGAAGCCGACUGUGGCGUGGGAGUGGAGGGAAAAGAAGGAAAGCAGGCCUCGUUGGCCGCAGACUUCUCGGUGACUCAGUUCAAACAUUUAGGCCGUCUCCUCAUGGUCCACGGUCGGAACAGCUACAAAAGGUCUGCAGCGCUUUGCCAGUUCGUCAUCCACAGGAGCUUGUGCAUUAGCACCAUGCAGGCUGUCUUCUGCUCUGUUUUCUACUUCGCUUCAGUCCCACUCUACCAAGGAUUCCUGAUCAUCGGAUACUCCACGGUGUACACCAUGUUCCCCGUCUUCUCUCUGGUGCUGGACAAAGACGUUAAAUCUGAGGUGGCAAUGUUGUACCCUGAAUUGUACAAAGAUCUCUUAAAGGGACGACCGCUAUCUUUCAAGACAUUUCUAAUAUGGGUCUUAAUAAGUAUUUAUCAAGGAAGCAUCAUCAUGUACGGGGCGCUGCUGCUCUUCGAGUCAGAGUUCGUCCAUAUCGUUGCCAUCUCCUUCACCUCCCUGAUCCUGACGGAGCUGCUGAUGGUGGCUCUAACCAUCCAGACGUGGCACUGGCUCAUGAUAGUCGCCGAGCUGCUGAGCUUGGCCUGCUACGUCGCCUCGCUCGUCUUCCUGCACGAGUUCAUAGACGUGUACUUCAUCACCACGGUGUCGUUCCUGUGGAAGGUGACCGUCAUCACGCUGGUGAGCUGUCUGCCCCUUUACAUCCUCAAGUACCUCCGCAGACGCUUCUCCCCUCCUAACUACUCCAAGCUGACCAAUUAAAGACUCGACAGGAGCCUCCGGGUCUCUCUUCCCUUUUCUUGCGUGGAAAAAAAAAACAAAGAUGGCUGACUUCAUCCAGCAGAGCCUGCGCUUCUACCAGAGAGUCAGACGUGGAUCUAUGCCCUUUAAUUUAUCAGACUCUGAGACGUUGAAGACAAACAGUUUUGUGUGGGACAGAUUGUUUACUGAGAAAAAAAAAAAAGAGAAGCACUUUAACUUGCUACUGAUGUUUGAUGCAAAGGCUGACUGAUCAUUUCUGUAAGUGGAGAACGACUGCAGUGAAUUGAAGGUUGAAUCAGUUCAACCAAACGUAUGAUUGCCAGCUUUCAGCGCAGAAUUAUAAAAAUCUGUUUAGCCUGUUGGGAAUAUGUGGAGGCAUCAAAUCAGUAAAUGAUGCAGGUGAAGUUUGUUUUACAAUGUCGAAAGUCACAUCAAGGAAAGUGAAGGGAAAAAUGUUUCAGUCCUAUGAAUGUGUCUUUGGUGGUGGAGCUGAUUUCCUCUCAUCCUAGUUCCACCUUCAAGCUGACUCUAUUGUUAAACACUGAUCUUGACGGAGUUGAUUCACGCUCUCCUUAAACAGUGACUUCUAAAAAAGCAGUUUGAGAAAUACACGGUUUAAAAAAAAAAAAAAAGUUCACCGGCUAGACUUUGCAUAAAACAACACGUCUGCAAGUUUGUGUAUUUGUCGGUGCGUCACGGCGAGGUGGAGCAGUUGUUUAUUUUAGCAUGACCCGUGAUGUCUGAUGUUAAAUCUGUCAUUUGUCUCUUUGUACACGGACCCCUUUGAGUUGUUAGUGUUUGUGGAGCGCGGUCACAACAGCCGCGGAGGAGAGUCAGUUAUUUGUAGCUGUUUUGUCCGCAGGAGGAUUUUUUGCAGCCUCUCUUGUGGCUCCUCAGCGGGGCCCAGCGCCGGCCGGCCCGCUCUUCAGCGUUGCAUGAUGACUCACUGUAACAGUGACCUAAAGCCAUAACUGAAAAUACCCCACUGACUCCAGUCCUGUCGUCUAAUCCAGGGCCCCCCCCCCCCUCACUUCUGCUAACCUCUACAGUUCAGCUGUGACAGAAAAAAAAGGGAACAAAUCACCUCUGCUUCGUCUAAUACAAUGUGAAUAUUGUCAAUAAGUAUUACUAAUACUGCGCACUGAGAGAGAACAGAAAACACCACACUCCUCACUUUUCAUUCCACCUGUGGUCUGAAGGUGAAGAAGAGACUGUAAAUAAUCCGCAGCUAACAGAAUAACACGAUCACAGUCGCACACUUCAAAUCCUUUCAGGCAAAAUGUCACUUUUGUCUCGGAUCUAAAAUGUGUCAAAAUGAGCGACCAGGGUGCCAUAAAUCAUCUUUUUUUUUUAAACUGAAAUCUCAAUCCAAACUGAAUUCAGUGAGCUAUUUGCACAGACUUUUUCUUUUUGUACAACUGAUUAUUUAUAUUUUUAUGUUGUCAAAAGAAUAAAAAUUAUGCUAAAAUGGUUUGGUUGCUUGUAAAUAACCUGUUUGUUUAAUUUAUUAACAUGUUUUAUUUAACGGUUUAUUUAAUCACACUCAAAUGAGCGGAAACAUAAAAAAAGGGAGAGCUGUGUUGAUGUCAAUGUUGUGAUGAUGAAUAAAUCUCAUGCUUUCUUUA